AUGGAAUUUCACAAUCUUCGAACUCAUCCAGGAUUUUCUUCAAGUACAUAUGUGCUCACAAAAAGUAGUUUAAUGUCCCUUGAAGAAUUUAAACAAAAAUCAGAAGAAUCAACCGAUGUGCUGAUAUAUCAUAGAAAUUUUGAAACUGGGGAAGGAAAGUUUCUACUUUCAGAUGCAUUUAUAAAAGCUUAUAUUAAUCAAGAGGUGUUACAAGUAGAAAGUGCUCAAAAGAAUUUGACAUAUAUUAUCGUACCUACCCUUGAAGUUAUUGGUAGACAAUCAUUGUUAAUUGAUGGGCCUAGACAACAUCAACGCAAAGAAUUUGAAUUAAAUGAUGUGGGUAGCCUCUCAUUAAUGAAUUCAACAACCAUUAAUCGAGACUUACCUUUGAGGGUUCAAACUAUUAUGACGAAAAAUGCACCAUCAUCAACAGGUAGUGGCCAGUUCAGACCAUUCGAAGUUUUGAAUGUUGGAGUUGAUGACCAAAAGUCUGUUCUCAUGUUGAUGGGGUCUUGUUAUUAUAAUGCAUUGGUUCUUCGAGGAAAAUUACUUUGUGAAUUUAAUACAGAUUUUGUUUUGGAUUUGCUAAGAUCUUUAAAAUAUCGUUUUAACACCAAAAUAUCAAAAAAUGGUGUAACACAUUUUCAUAUAACACAAUCAAAUUUCUUAGGAGUUUUUAGAAUAUUCUUCAACAUUGACAAACCAAACUAUUGUCCAACAAGACUGAGUAUAUUUGAUAAACAAGACUGA